UUAACGACCUACCUCCGACAGCUCCGAACCAAAUUCAAAUCGAUAAACAAACUCACCAAAAUCAAGACAGAAAAAACCAAUCAUGAUCAGAGCGAAAGAUUCGACGUGGUUGCUGCUCAUUUGUCUGCUAAUUGGACAACUAUACGUGAGUUGCAAUGGAUCGCCCGUGGAUACGGAUGAAAAGGAUAAAGAAUAUCAGGAAGAUGAUUACGAGUAUGACGAAGGUACUGAUGACACCGAUGACUUCGAUGUUACAAAAGACGUAAAUGACCAGUUGGCGCCGCCUUAUUUUGAGGAAACUGAUCUGCGAAUUGACGCCAAACCGGGCGAUGAUGUGAUCCUCAACUGCGAUGCAAGGAACUUCCAGCUUAGCAAUGCGGUGAUGUGGUACAAGAACCGGACAAUAAUUGCGAAUGGCCAGAACUCGAUUAGCCAGCGCGUGGAGGGCAUGGCGAACAACUCGAUACUGCUGAGGAAUGUGACGCCGGAGGACUCGGAUGAUUACUAUUGCGAAAUUCUGCCCCAGAGGGUUCGACAGCACACGGCACUGCGGGUGGGCGCCCGGCUGUCGAUCCUCUGCGACGAUCGCGAUAUUACGGAUCGAUCGCAGACGUUCAGGCAGGGCGACCACCACAAGCUCGAGUGUCGAACGUAUCUGCCCGGCAAUCCCAUUAUCAAGUGGUCCUUUAAUGAUCUUAACGGACAACCCUCUCCAGUGGAUAACCAGAAUGGCGUGAUCAUUCUGGACAACGUGGACGAAAAGGACGCGGGUGACUACCAGUGUUUGGCCGACGAUGGCAGUCGCCAUCCUCCCCACGGCACCGUUCACAUCGAUGUCCAGUACAGUCCCAUUGUCUCCACCCAUCGGCACAAUGUGAACACCGAGAAGGGCGCCACCGCCGAGCUGUAUUGCAACUAUCGGGCCAAGCCCAUUGGCAGGAGUUACUUCAUCAAGGACGGCAAGACCCUGCAGCUCUCCGACAAGUACUCGCUCAAGGAUUCCGUGCACAACGGUCACAAUCGCACCACCCUGAUCGUCCGCGAGGUGAUGGACAGCGAUCUGGGCGAGUACCUGUGCCAGGUGGAGAAUGCCAUCGGGUCCAACGAGGUGAAGGUGCAUGUCAGCUACAACCCGGAGACCCCACAGUUCGAGGACAUGUCGGUGGAGGGCAACCAGGUCACAUUGCACUGGCUGGUCAGGAGUCGACAGCCCCUCUCCGAGGCCAUGCUGGAUUACCAAGUAACUGGGUCCCUCCAUUGGAGCACUGUUUCCGUGCUGCAGACCCAUCGCCACAAUAGUACGGAGAACAUCUGGAAGAUCACCCAUCAGCUGGAGUUGCAACGCGGAGUGUGGCAUGCUCGCGUGAAGACGAAGAACACCCACGGAUGGUCGCACUUUUCGAACGAUCACGUCUUCGAAAUCCGCGACGAUUCCGAUACCGAGAGAGAUGAAGAAAUAGAAGUAGAUCAGUCUGGCAAGCCGGAACUGCCGCCGGAUGAGAUCGUGCAGGCCGGAAUCGGACCGGUGCCCCGAGGAGCUGCGUCAUCACUCCGGCAGCUGAAUUUGGGGGCAGUCCUGCUGGCAGCACUCCUGCUGCGAAUCCGCCUCUAAAUGGGGUGCCACUUAUUCGGGCCGAGAUGUGUACAUACGUAUUUCCGGAUUACUCAGCCAUCGAUGGCUUCGGCGCGAUAGCGAACGCACAUAGGAAACCGAAACUAAAGUAUUCUAAUUAUACAAAUGCUAAUGCGCGACCGCUAGCUUGGGUCAAUGUUAAUGUUAAUGCUAUAGAACACGCUGGAGCGAUCACCACUGAAACAUUUGUGCCAAGCAGGGGAAUUCGAAGAACGAGGAUUAAAGUUAAUUUAGUUUAGUUAAAGUUAAAGGAGCGACGUUGAUUAGGACAGAGAAACUGCGACGAUCGGUUUAAAACCGCAAAAACGAAAGGAACAUUUUGAUUAACCCUA